AUGAGGCUGUUCGGUAGUAAGUACGAGGGCUGCCACAGCAUGAAGGAGAAGGUGCCGAGUCACAGAAUCACCUCCAGGGAUUUGGGGGUCGGCAUUCUCGCCGUCUCCCAGGCUCUCAUCGGGAUCUUGGGCAACCUCUCCCUCCUGUACCGUUACCUCCUCCUGUACCGCAGUCGAGGGAGGUUGAGGGACACAGAUUUGAUCCGCUCGCACCUUACGACAGCCAACUCCUUGUUCAUUCUGUCCAAAGGCGUCCCCAAGGCAAUGGCGGCUUUGGGGUUGAAAUAUUCCUUCCGGGAGUCGGGGUGCAGACUUCUUCUGUACGUGCAGCGGGUGGGCAGGAGCGUGUCCACCGGCACCACCUGCCUCCUCAGCGUCUUCCAGGCUGUCACCAUAAGCCCCAGGAGCUCGAGCUGGAGAAACCUUGGGCUUCAAGCUCCAAGGUGCGUCAGCCUCUCCAUUUCCCUGUGCUGGGUCCUGUCCAUGUGCGUGAACUUCAUCUUUCCCGCCUAUGUGCUGUACAUGUCAGGCCUGUGGGAGAGCCACGGCAUGGUGAGAGAUGGGGACGGGGGGUCCUGUCCGCCCCCAGAGCAGGAGAAAGUCAUCGGGACGGUGUUCGCGCUGCUGAUCGUCGUCCCCGAGCUCUCGCUCUCCCUGCUCAUCGUCUGGGCCAGCGGCUCCAUGGUUCUCUUCCUGCACAGGCACAGGCAGCGGGCCCAGCACCUCCACAGCUGUCGGGGAUCCCCCGGGUCGUCCGCCGAGUCCAGGGCCACCCGCCACGUCCUCCUCUUGGUGGGCACUUUCGUGUGCUUCCACUCCCUGUGCUCCGUCCUCCACGCGUGCUUGGCUCUGCUCCAUCAGCCCGGGUGGUGGAUGGUGAACACCACCGCCCUGGUCUCUGCGUGUUUUCCUGCCAUCAGCCCCUUUCUGCUCAUGAGCCGCAACACCACCGUCUCCAGGCUCUGCUCUGCCUGGAUGAGGAAGCGAAGAGUCCCCAACCUUACCGGGAUUAGGUGA